AUUACCCUGCUUCUAUGUGCACGCGCAUUAAAAAUUGAUUCUUUAAAAACAGAUCUUCGUUUGUGUAAAAGUUCUCUGUAUAAAUUUUCUUUUCGCCCACAGAUGCCGCAACAGAGUUUGUACACUUACGUACUUAUAUAAUUCAAAUUAGUCUAACCUUUCCACAUUAAAACAUUCAUCACAGUAAAAUACCGGGAUUAAGUAUUAUUUAACUGUAAAUAUAAUGAAUAAUAUUCUCAAAUUUAUGGGAGAUUAUAUACUGUAUGAAAUUUUGGCAUUAAUAUGGCUAUUGUACGUAUGGAGCUUUUAUUUAAAUCUCCGGCAGCGUGCUCUGAUGAUGCGUUUGGUUGAAUUACCUACUGCUGUUGAAAGUUUUAUGACAAAAGAUGUCUAUGAUAAAGCUCGUGUGUAUCUCUUGGAUAGAUUAAAUUUUUCCAAUUUUAAGAAUACUUAUUCUGAUAUCUUUACUACGGGUUUUUUGUUAACUCUUGGCUAUCGUCAUUUCUGGAAAUGGAGUAUUGAAGUAGAAAAGUACUUUGGUCUCAAUUACGAAAAUGAAAUUCUACUCAGUGUUACUUUCAUGUUUAUUUUAAAUGUAUUUUAUAGCAUCAUUAAUUUACCAUUGGUGGUGUAUAAAACAUUUGUAAUAGAACAAAAACAUGGAUUUAAUAGAGAGACACCAUUGUUCUUUAUCAAAGACCAGAUUCUUAAGUUUGUUGUUGUACAAGUUUUGACUAUACCUCUUCUUUCUGCUACAAUCUGGAUAAUACAGAAUGGAGGAGAUUAUUUCUUCCUUUAUCUUUGGAUUUUCUCAAUCAUAGUUAUGUUUUUGAUGAUGAUUAUUUAUCCAGAAUUUAUUGCGCCACUCUUUGAUAAAUAUACACCUCUUCCCGAUGGAGAAUUAAAGACAAAGAUUGAAGAACUAGCAGCUUCAGUUAGUUUUCCACUUUAUAAGUUAUUUAUUGUGGAAGGGUCAAAAAGAUCUUCGCACAGCAAUGCAUACUUAUAUGGUUUUCAUAAACACAAGAGAAUCGUAUUAUUCGAUACCUUAGUAAAAGAAUAUUAUAAAAAGGCAGAGGGUGAAACAGAAGAAAAAGGAUGUGAAACAGAUGAAGUGUUAGCAGUAUUAGCACAUGAAUUAGGACAUUGGAAAUUUAAUCAUACAGUGAAAGGAAUUGUACUUGCGCAGGUAACAUUUUUGGCAAAGAUUCUUGUGUAUGCAAAACUUCUAGAUUAUGAGCCAAUGUAUAUUGCCUUUGGAUUUACGGACUCGCAACCUACAUUUAUAGGACUUAUUAUUAUCACUGUAUAUAUUUUAAUACCAUUUACAACAUUAAUACAAUUUGUAAUGGGACUAAUUGGAAGAAGAUUCGAAUUUGAAGCAGACAGAUUUGCAAAAGAUUUAGGGCAUGGAGACGCGUUGAAAAGGUCAUUAAUUAAACUACAGAAAGAUAAUCUUGGUUACCCAUUGUUUGAUCCAUUAUAUUCCUGUUGGACGCACAGCCAUCCUCCAUUACUAGAAAGACUUGAAGCUAUUGACAAAGACGAUUAAUUAAAAAAUUAAUUUAAAAACUAAUGUUUUUUACCUUGUAAACAUAAUCACAAAAUAUUGUAUAAUCGGUUAAAGAAAUAACUUUGAUAUUAAUUUCAUUUAAUUCAGUAACUAAAACAUUAACAUUACCUAAACAUUUUUUAAGUUCCAAAGAAUAGGAAUUUAUUUUUCACGUUUACUAUAAUUUCACAGAAUAAAAUAUAAUAUAAAAUACAGACCACUUGAAUUGGACUUUAGGACCUAGGUCAAUUUUAUAUACUGUUUAUUAUUCAUAGCAGUGUUUGAAAAUAUCCAGUAUUUUUUCUAGAUAUUAGUAAAACAUCAUUGUGAUUAAUUACUACAACUUAUAAAUAAUAUUUAAUAUAAUGUGCAACAAUCAAGUACAGAGGAAAUAUGGAAGAUAUUUCUGCAUUUAUAUUCAUUAAAUAUGAUUCAAUUUUAAUUAUAAAUGUGGAACUUUUAUGAACAUAUACCUAGGAUAUAGUUUAAGGAGGUGUAUGAAAUGACAAGAGACUGCAAAAUACAUAAUAUCUAUGUAAUUAAUCAGAAUAUUUCUACUGUCUUUAGAUUUAUAUAUUUGAAUAUUUUUUGCAUAUUUUACCUAUUGCAAUGAUUUUUACCUAUUUUUAACAUUAUAUGUACUCUUUAAUUUGUUAAAAUUUAAAUAGUAGUAUCUUUAUAGUGGACCAUUUAAAGUAAAGACAAUAGUCUAAAUAGUAAUUAAUUUUUUUUUAUAAAUAUGUAAAACUAUAUGCAAAAUGGGCAGAAUAAAAGAUAUCAAAAAAUUCUUAAGAAUAUCAGUCUAAGUUUCGUUCAUAUAACUUUAUUCCAUACAAGUAUGCAUUUGUAUAAUUAUUUGCAGUCUAGUUAUGAAUUUAUUUUGAGAUUUUCUGUAGACACGGACAAUAUUUCUUUCCUCCUCUUAUUUUUAUAGCUUUUAAAUAUUGUUUAUACUAAAAUAUUUUGUAUCUCGAAUGCGAUUAAAAUGCAUGUGCAGUAAACAAGAAAAUACUGAUUCUUAAAUCCAAAAUGUAUUGAUUGUAUGUAUAUAUAACAUCUAAAUAAUUUUGAUUACUAUUAUUGCGACAUGUAUCUUAAAAUGCGUAAUUGUUCUCUAAAUAUUUUGUUUACCAAUAAACUCUUAUUUAAUUUUAUUGUACUUAAUACAUAAGACUUCAAUUAAAUGUUUACUUUCUUAAUUCAUGGGAGUCAUAACAAAAUGAUGUAAUAUUGUGAAUUAUAA